AUAAUUUUUUUUAUUUUACCAAAUUUCAAGUGGUACAAAUUAUACCUUUUCGCGAGUUCUACCAUUUGUAGCUUGAUAUUGUAGCAUUGCAAUUAUGUCGCACGAUCACGAAGGGGGUGAUGCGGGAUCUAUCCCCAAGCCCAGCGUCAUGUAUUCCCAAUUACAGCCAUGGAGUCAGGCGGGUGCACCGCCCUGCAUGGAGCCCAUCAGUGGACCGACGGUGCCAUCACGUGUGGCAGCCACAUACGAAACGACCCAGUGUCAUCCGUGGCGUCCAAAAAUGGCCUUCGAGAUGAUUGAGGUCAAGCACUUGCCGGAGCAGCCAGUAACCAAUCAGUUAACACAGCCGUGCUUUGUGCCCCAAGGCAUGAAAACGGAAGGCAUGAUAUUUCCAAACUUGGUCACUGGCUUUGAGCGGAAUCCACAACAUGCUGCGCGUGCUGCACUUUAUACACGCUACACCAAUAAUGAGUGGCACAACAACAAUUUGUCCAUCUACGGCGAGUCCAAUACGAAUCGCAACAUGUCGGAGCGCAUGCGCAAUGAUUCAGUGCGUCUGAUGCGUGAGACGGAUGAGAAAGCUUCGAUGGGUCAGCGUGAUGCUGGUCGUCGCUUGGGUGAGCGCAUUACGGACUUAACCUUUUGGCGCAACGAGCUUAAUGCGGAGUUGGAGAAGCUCAUUGGCGAGAUGUCCGACAUUAAUGAUUUGCAACGACAGUGCGGCAAGGCCAUGCUGGACUUGGAGGUGCCAUUGCAUAUUGCGCAGGAGUGUUUGUUCCAUCGCGAGGCACGUCAGGGCAUGGAGAAGGUGCAUGAUAUUGUGGAGAAGGCGCUGCUGCUGGAAGUGAAUCAUUUGCGCUCAUCAGGUGACCGCUUGAGUGGACUGCACGAGAAGAUUGCCAAGCAGGCGCUCGACUGCCGUGGUGCACAACAUUUGCUGGAGAUAGAUGUUACCGACAAGGAGUCCUCGCUGGGCAUAGACUCUAUGUGCCAUCGCUUAAAUAACUAUAGUCGUGGCAUUACCUAUUAUGGCGGCAUUGAGAAAUAUGAUCCGACAGUGAGCACACAGGAGUCCUGGGCUCUUGCCAGUAGCGAGCAUGUGAAACGUUCGCAGGCGGAACGCGCCAAGUUAUCGCAGUUGCGUAGCGAUGCACAGAAUGUGGUUAAUGCGGUGGCUGCAUCCGUUUGGGACUUUUGGAGCAACACGAACAAUGCUUUUGACCGUAGAGCGCAGGAGAUGGCUGCAGCCAAGAAUCGUGUGCAACUGCAUUUGCAAAAGGUCCAACAGGAGCUGUUUGACAUGGAGAAGCAUUUGUUCUUGCUGCAGAAGGCCAUACAAGACAAGUCUAAGCCACUCAAAGUGGCACAAACCCGUCUCGAGGCACGAUCACAUCGCGAAGGCAUGGAGUUAUGCAAGGACCACGCUCAGGAUCGUCUGGUGAUGGAAGUGCAGGAUAUACAAGGAACCGUUGACUCACUGCAUCAUAAGUUACAGGAGGCAGAAGCUACACAUCAAUCUUUGCUCAAAACGCGUUGUCUACUCGAAGAGGACUUGCGCAAUAAGGUCAAUGCCUUGUUUAUUGAUCGCGAAAAGUGCAUGAGCUUGCGCCGCUCAUUCCCCAUUACUAAUUUGAUUCGCUAUUAAAAAUGUCUUUGUUAUUGUCAAAUUGUAUCCACGUAUCGUGUUAGUCCCAAAUACAUAUUAGUAAACGUA